AUGUCCCACAGUUCUCAAGCAGUUGUUGGCGACAGAGGAGAGAUGGGAUCUCGGGCUCAGCUUGGAAAUUAUGAUGGCAACUGGCAGCGAUCCUUUCCUGAAUGGGUGGAGCUAAUCGAGGGCGAUAUACUGUCAGGCCAGACGAAUCCACGUCGAGCACGAAAUCUCAGCGAUAUUUACCAGUCGGCUCAUCCUGAGCAAGCGAGAAGGCAAGUAGUGGCAGAGAACGCUUCUGAAGAAAAUGUAUUGUCGUCUGCAUUGCGGGAAACGGUGGAUAAUGUUUUCCACGGCAAUGUUCCGGGAGCUGUUGAGGCAAAUAUGAACUCACCUUCUGCUACGAAUGCCUUCAGUGAAUUAAUGGAUAUGGCGAUACAACGCCGUAUCGAGGAAGACAGUGACUACGACCCAUCACGUUAUCCCAACAUCGAUCGUCGACUAAUGAGGGAACAAGUUCGUAGCGCCUCGGAAAUCUUGGCACAUGCCAGGAAAAGUGCACGGAAACAAGAUGAAUUCAGUAGAGGUGGCUUCCAUUUUGUUGCUGUUUGGGAUCAUAUUUUGGAAUCUCAAUGUGCGCAUGACGAAGCAGGUGAUGCACAAUGUUCUAGGUGUCGUUUCGAGAGCUCGUUGCGUUUGCCAGAACUCCCUGAAAUGGUGUUUCCAAAUAACACUCUUACUAUCGAGUUUACAAAGUUUGCCGGGAGUUCCAUAAAUUUCAAUGCUCUUGAUGCUUUAAAGAUGGUAUCCCCCGAUGUUCUCCCGGAUGUGCAGGAUGAAUUCAGUAGAGGUGGCUUCCAUUUUGUUGCUGUUUGGGAUCAUAUUUUGGAAUCUCAAUGUGCGCAUGACGAAGCAGGUGAUGCACAAUGUUCUAGGUGUCGUUUCGAGAGCUCGUUGCGUUUGCCAGAACUCCCUGAAAUGGUGUUUCCAAAUAACACUCUUACUAUCGAGUUUACAAAGUUUGCCGGGAGUUCCAUAAAUUUCAAUGCUCUUGAUGCUUUAAAGAUGGUAUCCCCCGAUGUUCUCCCGGAUGUGCAGGUCAGUGUUUUCCCUGCUCUCUGUCGAUGCUGUUUUUAG